UGAAAUUGUGUGAAUCUCUUCUGGACUUAGGCCCACCUCUGUGGUUUGGCAACACAACCAACACAGCGUCUCUUCUCUCAUCUCCUGGGGGGAAAGCAGCCAGAAAAAUAAAGUGAAGGCCAAGGAACAGAGCAAGCAGGCCUUGUUGGAAAGCACACCUCUGACAGACACCCCAAGAUGCCUUCUCAGAAGGAACGCACCAAGAAGAGGCUCGCACAGAGGCUGACCCUGAAGAGCAGCAUAGCUAAGGAGACAGUCUCUGAAUUCCUGGGCACCUUUAUAAUGAUUGUCCUUGGAUGUGGCUCUGUUGCCCAAGCGGUCCUUAGCCGAGGACAUCUUGGUGGAAUCAUCACUAUCAAUAUUGGAUUUGCAGCAGCAGUUGUGAUGGCUAUUUAUGUCACUGGCGGUGUCUCUGGAGGCCACAUCAACCCAGCUGUGUCUUUUGCAAUGUGCAUCUUUGGAAGGAUGGAGUGGUUCAAGUUCCCCUUUUAUGUGGGAGCCCAGUUUUUAGGAGCCUUUGUGGGGGCUGCAGUUGUCUUUGGCGUUUACUAUGAUGGACUCAUGGCCUUUGCUGAUGGAAAAUUGCUCAUCGUGGGAGAAAAUGCAACAGCAUCCAUUUUUGCAACGUACCCAGCUCCAUUCAUAUCCCUGCCAAAUGCCUUUGUAGACCAAGUGCUGUCUACCAUGUUCCUUCUUCUGAUUGUCUUUGCCAUUUUUGACUCCAGAAACAUGGGAGUCCCCAGAGGCCUAGAGCCCGUUGUCAUUGGCCUCCUGAUCAUUGCCCUCUCUUGUUCUCUGGGCCUAAACACUGGCUGUGCUAUGAACCCAGCUCGAGACCUGAGCCCCAGACUUUUCACUGCUCUGGCAGGAUGGGGGUUUGAGGUCUUCACAGUUGGAAAUAACUUCUGGUGGAUCCCUGUUGUGGGCCCUAUGGUUGGCGCUUUCUUUGGAGGCCUCUUCUACAUCCUUCUUAUCCAAAUGCAUCACUCAGACCCCAACUCAGAAGCGAAGGCAGAGCCAUCUGAGAACAAGCUGGAGAAAUAUGAACUCAGCGUCGUCAUGUAGUGGUGUGGCCGGGUCUAGAUUUAUUCCUUCACUAUUCUCUCUUCAGAAAAGAUGGCAUCUGUGUGGUAUGCUUUGGUGAGAAUUGGGGUGGGGUGGGGGGAGUCUACCCAAUUUUCUCUAGCCAUUUGGGACAAUCGCAAAGGCAGUCAUGAAAAACUCCACCAGUCACCCCUCCCAAGAAUAGCACCGACUGCCCUGAGGCAGCUGUCUCUCCUGCCCAGUUUAUUGUGUCUUUGCUGGAAGUCCUUACUCCAGGUGAUUGCUAAGCAUUCGGAAGCUUGACCAUGGACUUGGCUGGAUGGCCUCAGAGACCUUGAUUACCCUGUACGAAAUAUUGUCACUGAAGGCUCAGUCUUCACAAUCUACAAAUACAAUGAGUGCUCUGAAACUGAAAGGCUUAACAGUGGCUGUGCUUAACACCUAUGAAAUGGGGAGCAAAGGGUUAACACUCCAUCAAGCUGAGGGCUGUCUCCUCAUAGAUGCUCCCAACCUAGGGCUAUAGAAAACAGAAGAAGGUGAUCUGGAAAGAGUGCUGUGGCAUUUAGAAACCUCAGGACACAAGAUAAAUUUGGAAAACUGAAUGGAUUUUUUUUUAUGGAAACCAUUUGUCAGAUUAAUCUCUUGCUCUUCUGCAUUUUAGAUAGUAUCAAUUAAUUCCCAGGUCCUUAAGUGCGUAAUAACCUAAAAUAUGAUUGUAACCUUGGUCGUGAAAAAUGUAUCGCUCUGUCUUUUUUUUUUUUUUUUAAGCACAGAUCUGUUUUCCUAAUGGCUCAGUUGAGGACAGACCACUUGAGUAGUCUGUGGCUGCACUCAUCCAUGUCCCCAGCAGCCCAAACUAAAAGCAAGUGGAAGCUGGCUGGGCAGACCAAAGUUGAGGGUAGAAAAAGUACCUGGGACAAACACAUGAGAGACAGGCUUUAUCACUGACAAAACAUUUGAUCCCAAAAGCGAUGGUCUGAGGUAAAUAAUCACAGUAGCCGUUUUUCAAAUGAAAGUCUCAUGUAAAUUAAGCAAGUUGCCCUUUAUUUUGCUUUCUUCCUUCCAGAAGCUUGCUAGCUGACUGAGGGUGUUAGGCAUCCCAAUCAGGCUUAUGUGAAAGGGGGAAUGAACGCUUUCCACAAACUGUGUGCUCUGUAGAAUUACUAGUUCCGGAUGUUAGGAUGUGAGAUUUCCAGAGCCCACAUUGUCUGGUUUUACUCCCACUGUUACUGAGGCAUUGAGGAAGGAAGGAGGCAGCCAUCUGAUAAUUUUCAUUUGCAGAGAAAUUCUCAGAAGUCUAUAUUCCUUAGCUACUCCUGCUUUCCUUCCCUGCCAGUCCUCCUUGGCCUCUUGGAGACAGUUUCUAACUAAUGCUACUUUCAGCCAGAAUGAGAAUUGCUCUAGGUCAGGGGACACACCUGUAUUCCACCAGUUUAAAGCCCAGCCUUCCUAGAGACAGCAAGUUUCCCAGGUGCUCUGCAAGGACAACAUGAAAUGAAUGAGGAAUGUCUUAGACACCCUGUGCUGUGCAACCUGUGGGCAUAUGGAUUCAUUUUCUAACUCUGAAAUCACCUGGAUAUUUUUUAGUUUAAAUACAUUGGAGUAUUGUUGUGUU